AUGGACGACCUCCAGCUUCCUCAUACACCACGUCGCGUGUCCUACUUCUAUGACCCGGAUGUUGGAGGUUUCGCUUACCCCUACCAACACCCCAUGAAGCCGCACCGCAUGCGGAUGGCACACGCGUUGAUCGGCUCAUACGGGAUGCUUGGACGUAUGCAGGUCGUCAGACCCCGACGGGCGAACGAACUUGAUCUGACAAGGUUCCACACGGACGAAUAUAUCCAGUUCUUGAAGACUAUUACCGCGGAGAACUAUAUGGAGUGGACGGCAAACAAGAAGUUCUGUCAGACCGAUGACUGCCCUCCGUGGGAUGGCCUAUUUGAUUUUGCGACCCUCACUGCAGGCUCUUCGAUCUCCGCGGCGCACUCCCUCGUCACCGGCCACUCAGACAUCGCCAUCGCAUGGGCCGGUGGACUACAUCACGCGAAACGUACCGAAGCUUCGGGAUUCUGCUAUGUCAACGAUAUCGUCCUCGGAAUACUCGAACUCCUACGGGUACACGCAAGGGUCCUGUACGUUGAUAUCGACAUACACCACGGGGACGGGGUAGAAGAGGCGUUCUACACCACGGACAGAGUCAUGACCUGUUCCUUCCACAAGUUCGGAGAUUUCUUCCCUGGCACGGGCACCGUCUCCGACAUUGGCAAGGGAAGAGGAAAGGGUUAUGCAGUCAACUUUCCCUGCCGGGACGGGUUCACGGACGAGAAGUUUGUUGAAUAUUUCAAGGCCGUUGUCGGAAAAAUCAUGGAGUGGUUCAGACCUGGAGCGGUGGUCCUACAAGGAGGAGCAGAUAGCUUGGCAGGAGAUAAGCUGGGUGUGUUCAACCUCAGCAUGCACGGACACGCUGCCUGUGCGGCCUAUGUGCGAACUUUCAAUGUCCCACUCAUGAUGGUCGGUGGAGGUGGAUAUACCGUCAAGAAUGUUGCUCGUACCUGGACAUACGAAACAGCGGUAGCCAUUGGUUGCCAGACUCAGAUUUCCCCGGAUUUGCCAAAUAACGAGUACCUCGAGUGGUUUGGCCCACGAUACAAGCUCGAAGUACUCAGGAACAACAUGGAGGACUACAAUUCCUCUGAAUACCUGGAAGCAACCAAAGAGAAGAUCUUCGAGAACCUUAGAGGAUUGCCGCAUGCACCGAGCGCGCCGAUGGCGCGCAAUAGUGAGGGGGCCGAGAGAAAGGUCUGGAAGGGGGAUGAUUGGAGCGACGAGGACUCGGAUAUCGAUGAUUUGGAUAAGCGGAUCUCUGGUACAUUGCUGGUCUUCCCUCUCUGUGGGAAAUUUGGCUCAUGGUCUUUUUUAUACUUCAGAGCGAUUGCGCGACAAGCACACUAA